AUGUUACUUUCAAAGUAUUCAUCAUCAGCACAGGUCUAUUCGAAAUUAAUUCAACGAAUAGCACUACGUCGCUCAGCUUCGUCAACAUCAAGUGUUUCUCAUACGUCUUCGAAUAAUGACAAACAAUAUCGAACACCUUUAUCUAUGGAUCCAGAAUUUCGUCCAUCACCCGAUAAUGAAUUACCACGUGCUAAAACAUCGGAAAUGAAAGGAAUAACAUUUAACAUUCGUGAUUUCUAUCAAAAUUAUUUUCCUAAUGAUCCAGUCGAAGCACGCUUACCAACACCAUGGCAUAUGGAUAUUUAUUAUCGUAAACAAUACUAUAUAAUUGGCGCUUUACUUGGUGUUUUUUUCGGUAUAUAUGUUUCAUAUCGACGAAUACUUGUUGAUCGUGCACGUAGAAGUGAUUGGGAAAAGCAUCAUGGUGAUCCAUUGAGUUAUUAUGAUGUUAUUGGUCCGAUCGAUCCAAGUGUGUCAAGAAAAGCUUGGGAUGAUAAUCCAAAUCUGCCACGACCACAAGGAUGGGUAUCGAAAGUUCAAACGGAAAAAGAAUUACAUUGA